CAUAUGCACCGCAGGAACGAGCGUGCCCAUUCUGUCUUUGCACCCUCACAUCUUCUCUACCUACACCUUCUUUCUGCCUCCAGUCUUGCCUCCGCCCUCCUCAUCCUCUUCACCGACACGCGCCUAGCUGCCCUAUUCUGCUUCUGUCCGCAUCCUCACUCCUGUAUAUCGCCAAAACCAACCGUAUCCUCCCUCAAAUUUCCCCUCGAGAAAGGGCAAUUUCACCAGCGUCAGGUCCACGAACCUCCACCGUCCACCAUACCUGGCCCUACGGACCUGUAAACGAUUGCUUCGAACCUUCCGCUGCGUCUAUACCGUGUUCAUCCUACGUUACAGUCCUUUCAUCCUCCUUCACCUUUGUCGCCGCCCUGGUCGGCUUACUCAGAUCCAUUGAGAAUCUACCUUCAUUCUACCUGCCAUUGCGACCUGGCCGGCCAGUGGACUUGAGAGGCACCAGACGGACUCACCACUUCUAUCGCGUUUGCAGAGACCACUGUUUCUUUAUCCUCGCUCGAAGCCGCAGUUCUUCCGUCGUCGUUGUCCGCAGGACCCGUACCCCCCUUUGGAACGACUACCAGUUUCUUACACCAUCCCCACCUCCUACGAAAAGUGGUGGAAGUCACCCGAGGUUGUUGUAGGUGUGACCGUCAUUCAAGUCGACCAAGGCACGGUGUUUCAGUCGCAGCUAGAGAGUCUCAUGACUUAUAGAGAGCCGAAAGAUGAUGGAAAUACUUCCUCUACAGCGAUGACCGUGCCGUUUUCCACGGGUGCUACGUCCAAAAUGGAGAGGGAAUUGACUACCAACGCGCAGACUGCCUCAACGCGGGGUACGAAUCGCGAGUCGCCUCAAUCGAAGUCUCUGCCAUCCACCCCCUUUCAGCGACCUCAAUCCCGAUCAGCGCCAAGAAUGUCGCGUUCACCAGAGCCUUACCCAAAGAAUGGCUCCCCUAUAUCAGUGCCUUCCGACAAGAGCCAUACACCACCAGCGAGGGGGAAACCAUAUGGAGGCUGUAGAUACGAAACAGGGAUGGCCCGGGCAAGAAGGCGUGUGCCUUACUCUUUAGGACCAGAUCCGCUCGAGAAAGAUAAAUCCGACCUGAAGACACGGCUAAAUCAUGAAGAAAACGAGAAAUUGACAGGCGACAUGCAAGAAUUGUACGCGAGGUUGCAACCUACCACCGAAAGUGAGGAACGCCGAUCAAAGUUCAUCGAGAAACUUGAGAAGAUCCUUCGCGGCAACUGGCCCCAAUCGUCAAUCAAAGUCAAUGUGUUUGGCUCCACCGGAAACAAUCUAGGAACUUCAGACUCGGAUGUCGAUAUUUGCAUCACCACCGACUGCAAGGAAAUGGAACGGGUAUGUUCUAUCGCAGAGCUUCUUGCUAGACAUGGAAUGGAAAGAGUUGUGUGCGUUUCCAGUGCAAAAGUGCCAAUAGUCAAGGUCUGGGAUCCUGAAUUGCAGGUGGCCUGCGACAUCAAUGUCAACAAUCCGCUGGCGUUAGAGAACACCGACCUGGUGCGUACGUAUGUCGACAUAGACGAACGGGUCAGGCCUCUGGCUAUGAUCAUCAAAUAUUGGGCAAAAAGGAGGAUCUUGAACGACGCUGCCCUCGGUGGUACCCUCAGCUCAUACACUUGGAUAUGUCUGACUCUGAAUUAUCUGCAAACGCGAGAUCCGCCUAUACUUCCUACCCUGCAGCAACAGCCCAAGCUGGAACCCAAAUAUUUGGCCGGCGUCAAUGUCUCCUUCGACCGCAACAUCGGAGCAUACAAAGACUUCGGCAGCCGCAAUAAAUCAUCCCUAGGUGAACUACUGUUUCACUUCUUCCGCUAUUACGGCCACGAACUCGAUUUUGGAUCGAACGUAAUGUCAGUACGGUUAGGGCGGCUACUGUCCAAGAGCGAAAAACAGUGGCAUCUGCUUCAAGACAAUCGGUUAUGUGUCGAAGAGCCCUUCAACGUAUCUCGUAAUCUAGCAAACACGGCUGACGACACAUCAAUGCGCGGUAUCCACCUUGAAUUGCGCCGGGCCUUCGAAUUGAUCGGGAGCGGCAAGCUUGGAGAGUGCUGCGAACAGUUCGAAUAUCCCGCCGAAGAAAUCAAACCUUCCGAGCAUUUUGUUCCUCCCUCAGCACGACCAGUCAUCCCGCAGCCCCCACCUACUCAGGGUACAGCUCAAGCCCCUUCGCAGCCGUCACGACCAGGGCGAGGCCAUCUUCGUGGCGGCCGAAAUCAGAAUGGCACUGUGCGGAAUAGCACUGGGCGCCGGUCAUCGAAUCCUACAGGGCGGACUCAACAUUAUCUGCGUAAUCUGCCGUUCCAGAUGACCACGCAAGAACUCCAGCUGCAAGCGCAACAUCAACAACAUCUUCUCCAUGACCAGUUGUUCCAGCAAUAUCAGUAUCUACAACUUCAAGAGCAAGAGCUGAGGAUGCAGCUACAUCAACAGAAUCUCCGUUCCAGAGGCCUGCUGGUAUCUGGUUUCCACCAACCUUCGGCGUAUGCACAAUAUGCAUCGCAGGACGAGAGCGCAGAUGUUGGUACAAAUGGACAAAUGCAGGGGAUAAGUCGAGCGCCACUUUCUGCACCAUUAUACCAGCAGCGGUUUGCGCCAGCGUCUCCAUAUCUCGCCACUGCCACCCCAAGCCAAGGAGUCUCCACGAAUCCUCCGUCGCCACGAGUCAGCUCCGUCAUUCCAGAUACUCGAAGAUUUUCGAGGCGGACGUCUGUUACGCAGUCAUCGUCCGGAGGAUCCUUGCGUGCUCAUUCACAACCAGCCAGAGUCAUUCCGAUGUCCUCUUUUGGUCACUUGUCAGCCAGAGUCGAUGCUUCGGGGUUCCAUGACGCAUUAGCAGGCCGAAGAUCAUCAGCAUCUUCUACAUCACAAGAACAAUAUGCUGGCUAUCUCGAAAACGUCUCUGGGUCUCUUUACGACGCAGGUCGAAGGCCGGCAGAAUAUCUCGGCUACUAUGUCGGACAGUCUCCGUCAUUGUCUGCCUAUACACAUAGCACUGCGAUUUCUCCGAUCCCAACUCACGUCGGUCUCGCCAUCCAAAAUGGGGGGUUGUCUCCUCGACCUGCCUCUGCUUCCCUUCGGUCGUCAACGACAAUGCAAUCGCCUCCACUUCAGACAGUAUCGACCACCAUGGAGAACCAAGCAAGUCAAGCGCUGGGAAUCAAGAAUGUUGGGACCGGGAACACCGAGUCUGAGCCGUCAAAGCCAAGAUCAGGACCUCUGAUCGUUGACGGGUCGAUAAAUUCACCUCGACGCAGACGGACGACUCGCUCAUUGAAUGAAAGUGAUGAUCCGAUGAAUUUUAGCGCGUCCACAUCAGAAGACCUGGCAUUCGACACUCCUUCAAGCUCGGAUGAGCAGUCCCAGGAUGCACUGGAGCUUACCAAUCAUGACAGAAGUCCGCCUGGAAGCCCGACGACUUCGCGUAAGGCUCCGCAGCAACCUGCAGGAUCCUCACAGUACAUGAAUGGGCAUUUGCCGCUGAGGUCAUUCGGGCUUACUCCCGCGCCGGAACCUUCGCAUAGAGGGACAAGAGCCGCCGAUUCGAUUGGAAUGACAAGUACAAGCUUGCAGAAGAAUGCAGCCUGGCCACUGGAUCGACAGCUUUCUUCUGUGGAAGAGAUCCGUACGCCUUCUCCUAGAGUCGAAGUGUUCAAGUCUGAGGCGCAGUCGCCCAGAGUUGCUGGAACAAAGGAUCAGGGUCAACCUCCAACAGAAGGGGAGGUGACCGCCCCUAACGGGGGAAGUCCUGAACAUGCUUCCGAGGAGCCACUUUCUCCUAUGACAAACGGUUCGGUGUGCACCCUUGGGGCAGAAGCGGCAGCUAAGUCCAACCCAAGUAUGGCUAGUGGGUGGCAGACACAGAAGAAAAAGAAAAAGAAUAGGAAGACGGUCAAAUCAGAGAACGAUGCGCAGGCUUUGAACACGAUCGGAGGGGAGACUCUACCGGCGGACGAAGCUCUGCGAAAAGGCGGUUAGGGUCUCCUUUACCGGUGUUUAUAGCCCACACACGCAUCAGUCGACUAUGUUGGCUAAGUGUCAGCGAGGCCGGUCCGACCGAGCGGUCCAGCUUUCGAACCGAGUCCUGCAGAGCGCCAGUUGUCCCAAUUGCAAAUGGCCGUCGAAGGUGAAUUUAUGGUAUCAGCAGCGUACAUUUAUUCGAUCAUGUUUUGGGUUAUGCGUGGACAAAAAGUGUCGUUGGCGUCCGUCGAUCUUUUACAAGCGACGAAAUCCCGAUGGGGAUGGAUUGAAUGAUGACCUGGGCAAGCAUCUGUCAAUGCGUCCGACGGUUACGAUGCAGUGACAGGUGCGUAUAUACGGCUCAUCCGAGGUAGGGAUCGAGGAAGGAACCAAGACAGAACCCCUGCUUGACGGCUCCGAGAUUUGACAGGGGGUUUCAGGGCAUGACGGGUCAUCAUGGAAUGGCUUAGGACGAAUGCAUAGCAAACCAGCCAAAGUUCUGGGUUCUUGUUGUUGAUUGAUUUGCGGCAUGGAACAGGAGGGCACACGGGGUACAGCUGGCAGUAGGUGGAAUAUCACUGCGAAAAAAGCGAAACAACAAAAAGGCGACGAAAGAAAGAAAUUGUACGUUUUCUCGGGCGCGGAAGAGAAGUCGAUGAGAAGAUAGCAGAUUGAAUGAGCGAAGCGUGAUCAUUGUUAACCCAAGCAUCAGACUGAGAUCCAACGAGACAUGCCAGAAUGUGGUCAAUUGUAU